AUGUUCGCUCCCUUUCCUUCACUUCCCUUCCUCUUUCUUUUGCCUUUUGUCUUAUCGUUUUCACAGACAUUUGCGUUCCACGCCGUCCGCCUGCUGAAUCGCUAUGCGCCUUCGGCUUUCGACGCCGAGGAGAAGGCUGAGGCGUUUCGGCGCGAGACGAAAGAGCUCAAUGAAGAAUUCGACUUGGACAUGCCCGAAGCGUUCGGCCUCGAACAGAGCCAGAAAGUCGAAAACGCCUACCUGGAUCUCCCUGCACUCUCGCACAAUGCAGAGACAAACCAGACGCACUCGCAGUUCCCUCCGCCUUUUGCCGCUCCGACGCCUUUGCCACGGCUCGACGAGAACGAGGAAUUGAUUCAAGAAAUCCGAUCUCUCCACGACGAUGUGACGAAGCGAAUUCCCUGCUUUACCCCAGCAGUGAAGCUGGACAUGCUGCGAACAGUUCUCGAGAGUCUCCUCCAAGUUUCGGGGGGCACAGAUCCCGCCUACCUCAUUCAAUUCACUCGGCUCCUUCUUCGCCACGCUUUCAACGUACAGCCCAUCGAGGUUGCUCGGAUUUUUCGGAAGAUUCUGGAAGAGAACAAAGACAGCAGUAACUGCGUAAAUGUUCUCCUCCUGGCCGACUGCGUCGUGGACGACCUCAGCCUCCGUCGCAUGCUGAGACCCGCGUGGAUGUUUUUCCUCCACGAUCACAGCGACCGGUCGCUCGAGGCAGAGCUGCUAACCCGGAAAGAGGACAUGUACCGGAACUUUGUUCGGCACUUCCUCAAGGAAGUGUUUGCGCGCAAUCUCUUCGCGGCCUUCGACGUGGCGUCGGCCUCGUCGCCUGAAGCGGAAGACUCUCUUUCGACCCCGCAAGAAGGCGAAGAAGACGACAAACGGUUCGAGGAACUGCUCGGCUCUUCCAAGUUGUUCCAAACGGACGAAGAGCGCAUGCAGUUGACGUGGCUCGCAGCUCUCGCGCGCGCAUGCGACAAGCAGGCGAACGACGCAGAAGAGCGGGAACAGAGAAAGUUGUAUGACUGGGAUUCCGAACCCGACGGGCUUUUCGAGAGCGAGGAGGCGACUGAAAAGGAACAAGCGACGGAAAAGGAACAUAUGGAGGGAGCGGAAACGCGACGAGAAAGGUCGUGUCAAGAGCCGGCCGCAGCAAAGGUCGGUGCGAAGGAACAGGCGAAAGAAGACCACGACGAACAGCUUUACGAGAUGUCGCUAAAGACUGCAGUUGCCACCGUGGCCUCCCUCAACGCCGCACCCUCAAAGCCUCCCUCGCUUCUGCCUCUCGGCCUCCCCGAAGGCUGGCGACUGGUGUCGCUGACCCCCCGGCAGGCCGCGCGAAUCGUCGCGAUCGAAAUCCGCGAAUGCGAGGAAGUGCUCGAGGAAGAAGCAGCCAACCGAAAGAAAGCCAUCGAAGACUCCGACGGCGCCACAGAUGGCAACGCCGAGUUAAAGCGACUGCUAGAGGUGACGAAGGACGUUUUCUUUUGUGGAGCAGGGCGCCUGCUCGAGGUGACGUUCACGCGCGAAACAGAUGACUUGUUUCGACCGCCUCUUGAGGACACCAUUGUGCAAGCGUCCAAUUUCUUCGCCGAAAGCGUCGGGAGUCUCUACAGAGAUCUUGAACGAAAAUCGCAAACGCCUGAGGAAGAAGCAGCCGCGCGCGCCAUGAUGGAGACGCCGCCCACGCCUCGCGAGCUUGCUGAGGAGCAGGCCCUCAAAGAGGCGAAGGAGGAGAAGAAGAAAGAGUUCCAGCAGAACUGGAAGAGUUUCCUGUCGGAUCUGACUCAAAAGAAAGAGGAGCUGAAGCAGCAGCUGCUGCGUGUGGAUCCUCACAUUCAGCGACUCGGCCCCGCCUCGGGGAAAAGUGCUCCAGGCUCACUUUUUGCUGACGCGAACAGCGACGAGAUAUCCCCUGAAGAGUUCACAGAUGAGAUGCUUUUCGCGGAGAGAGCUGCCGCCGCCGACGCGCGUGCCAAGCACCUCGCGGCAGUGCUGAACAUGUACCACGCCCGAGAGAAAGCCGCAAGUGUGCCUGCUGCCUCGUCUUCUGUGAAAGCCAAGGCGAAUGCAGCGGCGCAGGCUGCGGCGUUUCUCGCCUCGCGAGGCCGGUCGGUGCAUGCGAAGAAACAGGGAGAGGUGGGCGACCGAGGCUCCGAGGCGCUAGACGAGCAACGCAUCACGAAGGCGGCUUUGCGUGCUGCGGUGGCGAGAGCGCAGCACGAAGAAAAAGUGAACGAAGGGUACAGCAAGGAGGCGCAAGAAGCGGGACUUCCUCAACGCCACAGCGAGAAGGCCACGCGCACUGUCCUGGCGCUUCUGCAAGAGCUGGAGUACCGCAAGUUCUCAGUCAAGCAGCAGGCCGCACGGCAAACGAGCCGUGAAGACGGCGAAAUGGAUGAAGCAGAGAUGGACAAAGCGCUUGGAGGGCUAGACGAGUUGGACGAAAAAAGUGGGCAGAACGAAGGGGAAGGCGAGGCCGAUCGGAGCAGACAGGCAUUUAAGCAAGCAGAAAGAGAGGAGAAGAUUCUUCAGCGACAGCGUGCGCUGAUUGAAGCGUCGAAAAUGAAGCAGACCGGGGCCGCAGAAGCGGCGCGACAGCUUACCACAGAAAUUGUCGAAGACGCCUUGGCGGAGCGCGACAAAGGACAAAAGGCAGCCUCGUUCUGGUCAGCAGAGAGCGAAACGUUGCAGGUACAGAGUGGCACAGGCGCAGGGGGCGGCGCGAGGAAGUUGGUGACAGGGGAGGAAACCACAAAGCAGGAAACGAGUGGAGAUCGCGCACGCGACCGGCCUCUGAAGAAGGGCCAAAGCAUGCAGAGCUAUCUCGAUCAAGGAUACACACUCGUGUUCAAUACCCCGUACCGUGCAGAUGAGAUGCUAAGGAUGAAGGGCAUGAAUGACGGGCUCGACAUCGGCACGGACAUCGACGACAAAGACGUGGGAGACGUGGAAGAGGAGGACGAAGACGAUUUCGGCUAA